GAAAUAUUUGGCGGUUGAGCAAUGCAAAGAAUUUCAUUUUAGCAGUUAAUUUAUAAAUUAUAAGUAAAAUUAUAACUAAAUCACUUCAAAAGAGUCGAAAACAUUAUAGCUGUGAAGAAUGAGUGCGAACGGCAGUGUAAUUACUGAUUGGAAGCGGCUGUGGCAGCUUGUGUCCGGCAUACAUCAUGAGACACCGGAGAGCACAGUGCGCGAGGAAUUGUUAAAUGUAUCGAAAGAGUUACAAGACGGUGUACUGCAAUUCCGUAAACGUAAAGCAUCUAAUGUGAAAUUAGAAGAUUUGCUGAAGGAGAAGAAGCAACAGAAGCUAUUGCCGUUUACGCAGAAUUUGCAAGAGUUAUUGGACCUUGAAUCGCAGCAAUGUUGGGAGAUUCUCUGUUACUACCUCACCAAUGAAUAUCGUGGUUCUGCCAGCUCACUCGCCGCACAUAUAUCUUCGGAGAGUAACAUGAGUAAACUGCUGGAUGACAUAUGGGGUUAUUAUACGCUCGAACGCAUGAUUGUAUUGAAAAUUGUUAAAAAUUUGUUACUCUUCUACAAAAUACCCAACCAUCCAUAUCAUGAGCAAUACAAAGAGAUUUUAAACAAAAUUACACUGCCAAAACUACGUGAUUCUUACCUAAAUCAAUUGGAGCAACUCAUCAAUGAAUACCCACCAAAUCAGCUCGCCAAUGGCGAAUUUUUCGACUAUCAUACGCGUCUAGUAGUGUGGUCAGAAGGCAAUGCGCGUGAAAUCAACGAAGUGUUGCACAUUUUGCUGCUAAUAUGCGAACAUUUGCCAUUCGAACUAAAACAUAUAGAAAAACUAUUCAAUUGCUUUCGCCAACACACAUUUGGACGACAGCAAAGUUAUUUGGAUAUGUCCAAACCUUUGCAUAAUGAGCUAAUGACACGCUUAGCUUAUUCGGAGACUAUGUUGCUUCUGAAAUGUAUCGAUUUGAGUGACACGGCAACAAAUUUAGCACGAAAUAUAAUCGACGCUUUGGAUAAGGACAUAACACGCAUGUACUAUAACCCAGAGAAUGGUCCACUACUUUUGGGUUGGAUGCUACUGAAAGUGCGUUUCACUAAAGCCAUUGAGGAUCCAGAAACUUUUCUGCCAUGCCAACUGUUGGGCAAGCGCGCGAUUGAUUUGCGUUGUUUCGAGUAUUUGCAUAAUUUACUAACGAGUUCAAUGUUUAAGGACGAUAGCCUGGUGAGCCGCAUUGUACGCAAAACAGUUUAUAAUAUGCUCACGCAGAUGUGCAAUUUUUUCGAUGCUGAUGGCUCGUGUGCACGACAUCCCUACAUAUAUAAGUUAUUGAGUGAGCUACUUUCGUGGCCAACGUUGGCGAAGGAGUUUUGUGCAGAUGAAGAAAAGGGCGUACGUUCGCUUUUUAACACACUUUUGGAGACUUUUCCCGUCGAUUUUGUGCAUCUCUCUAAUUUAGCUGAUGCUCUAACAAAAGCGGGCAUGACAAAUUUUAUUAAAUCUCAGCUUGAAACUCUACCUAUAUACACUGAUUUGUAUGAUGAAUGCAAAUAUCCUUUGCGUGCCAUCAACGAGGAGGACUACAUACUCACAGCCGACGUACAGCCUUUCGCACAUUUGGAUUUCAUUAUACCAGCCAGGUCCACAGCGGUCAUUAUGUCGCGCCCUGAAGGUUAUUGCGUGCAUUUUCGUACAUCCCUAAACUAUUUCGUUGUCUUGCAUCAUGAAAUCAACUGUCUGUUGGCGGAGACAGUGCAAAAUCAGGGCGAUUGGUCGCAAAAUGAACGCGUAAAACGCAUCAAUGCCGGCCUACAGUACCUGCAAAGUGUAUUGCAACGCAGUAAAUCGUUGAAUGAAAUCACCGCUGAAAUGGUGCAUCCCACCGAAAUGUGUAUUGAUUUGUUGAAUAAGUUUAAAGCAGUGCCACAACCGCCAGUUGAGAUGUUGGCCAAUUGUUUGAAUGUUUGCACAAUGCUUUUACCGCUGGUCGAUGCUGAGAUUUACGCACGCGUUAUACACUUGCACAUACUGCCCGCUAUUACAAAUGAAACGCUCGAUAACUACGAAGAUUAUGCCUCGGGCAUCUGUUUUGAUUCGCGUAUUGUUGGCACUUAUUUGGUGGAUGUCGAGAAGAAAUUGGAACGCUAUGAUUUCCUAAAUGCCUACCUAGGCUUUCUACGCACUUACACAAAGCUGCAACGCAAAAAUUUCUUCAAAAUUGAGAUACCGGGACUGAUAUUUUUGCUGCGCGAGGUUUUCCCACACAUGCAUGCUUGGGGCUUUCAAAGUGAAACGGAGCGGCACAAAAUAUAUACCGAAAUUAUGGGUUUCGUGUGCGAUAUUUUAGACACGGUCACUAGCUUGUGCGAUAAAAACGAGCCAAUAAAUACAGAGAAACAAUUUUUGCGCGAUAUAUGCAUAUACAGCUUGUCGAAUAUGGAAAAUGGCAUGGUACUGUUGCGUUUUGUCGCCUUAGGCAAUGCCUAUCUGCAGCACACCAUGGAAAUGGAGUCGAAUUGGAUGAUACAACAAUCGCAUGGCAUUGUGUUGCUUGUGCGUCUAGCAAUGCGCAUACUCAUGCAGCUCUUGCGGCUCAAAACUACUACCCAAAACACCACCGAAUUGUCGCCGCUCGAGGCGCUUAUCUACACGCAGCCAAAACAACGCGAUACACUACGCAUUAUACCAGUUGUAACCAGUUAUAUGAGCAAUAUUUUCGACCGCUGGUUGCCCAUACUGUCGUGUCGUCUUUUGCGUCGCAUAGCGCUGGAAUUUAAUAUGUCGCUGUUGGCCUGUCUCGAUAUGGAACCCGAUCAGAUACGUCUUACAUUCUUACAACGUCUGCCCGAUGAGCUGGAAAGCGAUUCGCUAAAGAUUGCCAUACUUGAGUUGGUUGAAGCUUGCAUAGAAAAGCAGCCGGGCGUCACUGAGGCUUUUUUCAAAGUGAUUGCCGCACAGGAGAAGCGCUUUUUAGGCAAAGAAGUUGGCGUACAAAUUGCUGAUAGUAUAUUGACUUUCCUUGAAGAUUAUCUAGAGGCGGUCGCGAAGGAUCCAAAAACUGUGGAGCAUACAUUGCCCAGUAAAAUAAUGAAUAUCUUUCAUUCGCUGUGGAAGAACGGCAUGCAAAGUUUGGUGGAAGAUCUUACUAAGCGCCCGAAAUUUUGGUCACAACUGUGUAAUCCGCUCUUCAGUACUCUGGGCGAAAAUGCGCGCGUCUACACACAACUACUCAACAUACUCUCCAUAGAAAUAUUCUCCACGCCGGCGAAUGGUAAUAGUGAGCUGAAGGACGUGGUUUUAUGUUUCUUUGAGGCGGCGAAUUUCGAAAAAUGGCUCAACUAUGUAUUUAAUAUGCCAAAAACACCAGCGGCGGAUCCUUAUCGCGCUGUUGAGCUCUUCACCGAAGAUGUGCCGGAGUGGCUCUGCCGUUUGGCGGCAUUCAAGAGUUUCCUUAUUAUUUUACUGAAAAAGCAGCCGCAUUUUGUUGAAGUUCCCACAAAACAAUUGAAAAAGCUGGCAGAACAAACGCUUGUAACGCUUGUGGAUCGCGCAGAAUUCAUCGAAGAUUUGCGUCCAUUCAUUGUGCUAAGUGAAUUGUAUCUCUUUGUGCUGCUCAGCUUCAAACUGUCGUAUACAGACUCGCCUCAGGAGGAUACCGAAAUGUUAAAGCAGGUGCUUAAACUGCUGAGUCGCCUCUCCUCGUGCUAUGAGGAUUUACAUGUGCGCGCCAAGGAGGCAUGUCUAGCCUUCACCAUCAAAUGCGCCGACCUACUGGCUGCUGAGUUAUUGAAUGACUCUGACUCGGCGCUGAAUUUCCUCUACUCUGUGGUGAGCAUCAUCUGCACGGAGCUGCAAACGUUGGAGAAUAGCGCGCGUGUUGAGAAGCAGUCGAAGCAGGAACUUGAGAAUCUACAACAAACCUCAUCCAAUUCACUGGUGUUGAGUUUUAAUCUACUCAAAACUGUUGCAAGCAUAUUUCACGAUGCCGGUCCGGGUAACUGGGAUCUGCCGUUCAUUGUGAAUAAAGUCUUUCAACGCCUACUCAGUUGCGCGCGUUCCAUACUCCAGCUUUACAGCAAACAAAAUCUUACCGUUGAAUUGUUGGACGUCUUGAUUGUCUUCGCCAAGGGCAAUUGCUCAGCCGAGUUUCUUCACUGCGAUGUUGGUGAUUAUUUGUGGUUGAAAUUGUUACCGCCAAAGGAUUUGCUACAAACCAAUUUCGCUGCACUCGGCCAAGCACAAAGCGAUGAAAGCAAUUGGACGGUGCAGAAGUGGUGGCCCAUUUAUACGCGUGGCAUCACUUUGGUCACAAUCCUAUUCGAGAAACACCGGCAUUACUUUGUGAAACACGCCUUGCAGUUUGUCGGUAUUCACGAGGAGUACUUGGUGGACUCAUUACUCUUGGCCAAACAGACCUUGGAACCGAAAGCGAUGGAGUUGAUUAAAAGCACCACCACGCUAGUAUCGCAUUUGGUGGAAUUUGAGACACUUUGGCGGUUGGAGCACUCGCAGUCGUUAUUUAAUUUGAUGCGCGCCGUACAAGUACUCAUGGGCCACGCGAUUUCAAUGUUUCAUCAACCGAAAAAUCUCAAAUGUCUCAUUGCCGGACGCAACUUGCAGCUGGAUAUAUUAGCAGAUAUUGAACGACCGGGUUUCACAGACGAAGUGAUCAGCGCCUUCAAUAAUCUCACGGAAAUCAUCACGCUAAGCGUACAGUGCCUGCUGCGUUUCAGUCCCAAACUACUCGACUUGAUCUGUGCGCCCGAGUUUUUGGUUAGCAAAUGGGAGCCGAUGUUCGAAAUACAUUUUGGCGCGCCCAAAAUGAAUGAGACUGCCAUAACGCUGACGUUCGGCACAGUGCUGAGCAUUGUUGGUGUUUUUACGAAAGUGCUGAAUUUGCAAGGUCAUGGUUUCCACGAGGUGCCACUCAAUGUGCUACCCUCCACCGCAGGUGAUGGUACCAGCACGUCACAAGUGGGUGGCACAACAGCUCUGGCCAGAUCCCAACGACAAUUCUCUAAAUCGGUAUCCAUAACUUCAGUAUCCUCUGCCAAUUGUCCACCCAACGAGCUGUUGUCCAAUCUAGAUGGCGAACUCUGCUUACUCGCACUCGAGCAUAUACUCAUGCUGGCCGCUUCACAGAGUAUGCUGGCGCUGAAGAAUCCCUAUCUGCCUGCGCGCGAAAAGCAAAUAGUGCGUCGUGAGAUUAGCACCGAGCUGCUAACCUACCACGAAUUUGUGCGCAAGAAAGUCUUGAUUGAUCAUCGCGAACACCGUGAGAUGUGGUAUCGACGCAAGCACGGCAUGGUUCAUAUGGAGGUGGGUAAUGACAGUGCUGCAGGUGGCAAGAGUACAACAACCAACAGCGCGGCAACAGCAAAAAGCAGCUCUUCAGCCGCCGCUCAGUCAACUGGACGAAGACAUUCUAGCGAUUUGCGUGUAAAUGUCGUGCGUCGACUUUACCUGCAGCAGGAGCAUAAUCGGCAAAUUCAACAAAGCACACCACAACCAGCUGCCUUCGAUAUGUCGCGUGUCAUAAGUCCUAUCGGUGCAGCUGAGCGGGGCCACGGUGCACAACAACAGCAGCAGCCAACGGCGAUUUCGUCCACACCGCAACUUUCGCGUCCACCUCUGCGCCGGCAGGGCGAGCCCACGCAGUUGGGCGGUGAAGUUAAGCGCAAUUAUGGUGGUGACUCGACUGUUGAGCAAGUCGAGGAUGAUGAUGUGGAAGUUGUUGAAGAGAUACAAUACUUCCCUCCUGAGGAGCCGACCUAUACGCCUCUAUCCUACGUGCAACUGGUUGAGGAGGACUAUUUGCAUUUCAUGUCCAAUCUCUUCACAGUUAUAUGUCAGAGUGAUUAAGGGACUGCAGCAAAGAAGACGGAAUAUAUGCCAGGCACUGUUCUUUCGCCCAAGCAGAAUUUAUCUAUAAGUACUAUAUUAAGCGUUCUUUUUUUAUAAUUACUUUGAGAAUACAGUUUUCUAUUGAGAAAAAAUGAA